CUCCACUGAUUGGCACACUACAGUGGCUUUAGCUCCAGACACAGUGUGCAGCAAACCCUUUGAUCAUCAUGGAACUGACAGCAAAAAAACACUCAAUUCCUUUGAGCGAUGGAAACAGCAUACCUUUAAUUGGACUGGGAACCUAUGGGAAUCCUCGGCAGACCCCCAAAGGAACUUCUUACGAAGCGGUCAAACUGGCCAUUGAGAUAGGAUACAGACACAUCGAUGGAGCCUUGGUCUAUUACAAUGAACACGAGGUGGGACAAGCGAUCCGGGACAAAAUUGCAGAUGGGACCGUGAAGAGAGACGAUAUCUUCUACUGUGGAAAGGUUUGCUUGUUUUUGUGGAACACAUUCCACCCUCCUGAAUUAGUACGGCCUGCUUUGGAGAAAACUCUGCAGAUGCUGCAGCUGGAUUACGUGGACCUAUAUAUUGUAGAAAUGCCCACUGCUUUCAAGCCCGGAGAAACGUUCUACCCUCGAGAUGAGAACGGGAAGUACAUUUAUCACGAGACAGACCUUUGUGCUACAUGGGAGGCCAUGGAAGCUUGCAAGGACGCGGGGCUGGUGAAGUCUCUGGGAGUAUCCAACUUCAACAAGCGCCAGCUGGAGCUGAUCCUCAACAAACCUGGGCUGAGACAUAAACCCGUGUCAAACCAGGUUGAAUGUCACCCGUAUUUCACCCAGCCAAAGUUACUUGAAUACUGUCGGGAGAAGGACAUUGUCAUCGUAGGUUAUAGCCCCCUCGGGACAUCAAGGGACGCAUCGUGGGUAAACCUAAAAUGUCCCCCGUUGUUAGAAGACGAGCUUCUGAUCUCUGUUGCCAAAAAGUACCAAAAAACCACAGCUCAGGUGUGCCUGAGGUUCAACGUGCAGAGAGGCGUGGUGGUCAUCCCGAAGAGCUUCAACCACGAUCGCAUAAAGGAGAACUUUGACAUUUUCGACUUCUCUCUGUCUGAGGCCGAGAUGAAGGCAAUUGAGGGGCUGAACAAGAAUAUACGAUUUGUGGAGCUGCUCAUGUGGGCCGAUCAUCCGGAGUACCCAUUUCAUGACGACUACUGACAUCCCAAGUCUCAAGACUAAACGUAUUCGUGGCUAGCUCGGCAGCUUG